AUGUCCGGCAUGGAACGGUUGUCCCACCCAGCCAGAGCGAUAUCAGAAUUCGCACACAUCACCGCGAACAAUCGGCCUGGGACACCGCUUUACGACGCCACUACUGUCACCGGUAUUCUGCAAGGGAUGGUCGAUCAGGCACCUGAGCUGAAAGACAUUGCUGCUCCAAUCUUGGCCUCAAUAUGUAUUGGCGCCCAUAGGGCUGAUAUCGUCCCUUAUCUGUUGGACUUGAAAAUCACCGCGCAUCCAGACCCUUCUGAGAAUUCCCAGCUGUCUACAGUAAUUGCCCGCUUCAGCGACGUCAUAAUGACUGUCUGGCCUUUUGUGGGGAUUCCCUGGAUCGUUCCAGCUGUUCUGGGGAUUGGAAAGUGUUUGUACGAUAAAGGCAUUGAGGACAGUGCAGGAUUCGCCAAAUCCCGCGGUCCUCUUUCGCCAGAUGUUCACAAUACCCUCGGUCGAGCAACGAACAAAAGGACGUACAGUAAGGUCAACAAUCCUGAGGUUGGUGCAACCAUUUCGACGUACUUUCCGGAAUUUAGCAACACCAUUGUGACUGUAAUAUUUGGGUACUCGAUGGGUGGAACUACCAUGUGCGGUCGCUAUGAGGACUUCGAAACGCAGCUGCUGGUGAUGAGUGCCAUCAGUGCCAGUGGAGCAACCCGUCAAGCCAUUUCUCACACAAAGGCGAGCUUGGGGAUGGGCAAUCGGAUAGAGGUGGUGGAGGCAGUUGUGAAUGCAAUCCGGAAGUUUACUACCUGGAAUGGAGAGCCGGUAGCCAAAGUUGAUGUAAGAGAGCUUGCGAGGGAGGUGGCCAGCAGUUGA